ACACAUCCGCCCAGGAGCUGCGGCGGCGUCCCCCACAUCCGCCCAGGAGCUGCAGCUCCGUCCGCCGCGCCGAGGAGCAGCAGCACCGUCCCCCACAUCUGCCAAGGAGCAGCAGCGCCGUCUGCCGUGCCAAGGAGCAGCAGCGCGUUCCCCUGCGCCCAGGAGCAGCAGAACCUACCAUCGUCAAGGAGAAGCAGCAAGGAAAAAGGAUGGUAGGAACAAGAGGAGGAAACGAGGUCCCUCUGCUUGAUGAAACUACGAGGCCUGCAAAUAUUGCAGAAAAUGAGAGAAAGGUGAGAGCAAUUAUAGAACUUAAAAGGAAUGAAGCAUUGGGAGGAAACAAGAAUUCCACUGAGAAAGGUUCAUCACAACCAUCUAGGAAAAGGAAAAAGACAAAUAACUGCACAAGUGAAGUUGCAAAUGGAGGGUGUAAUCUGCGUUCCCAGUCAAGGUUAAAUCACGAUGGUGAAGAUCCCAAUAAUGAGCCCAUAGGACAUGGCUUAGAUGACAUUCAAGCAAAUGCUUCAGUUGUGACUAUACAACAAAAAAAAGAAGAGAGGAAGGGGUCCCAGCGAAUUAAGGAAGAUAUAUGAUAGAGACCAACCAAAACAAAAGGUUGAACUAAAUGAGUUUGGUCAGCCUGUUGGUAGCAAUGGUAAAACAUUUGCUAAUUUCAUUGGAACAUUCGUAAGGAAGCAAUUGUCAGUGCUAAUUAAGGAUUGGAGAUAUGUUGAUCCCGAGUUAAAGUUAAAGUUAUGGGAUGACAUAAAGUCAUUUUUUGAGGUGGAUGAAGUUGCUUUCGAUUACUUUAUGACCGCAGCUGCAAAGAAAUGGAGAGAAUUUAAGUCAUACCUAAAGGAGAAGUUUGAUGCCACAUUGACAGAUGAGGAACUUAUGGAAAGAUGUGAUGAAAGAAUUCAAAAGGAUGAUUGGGUACAACUUAUCGAUCAGUGGAGAAAACCAGAA